CACACACGCACUUCCCGCCACGCCUCCUCGCGGACCUCCACCGAGCCCCGCGGAGCCCAGCAAAGCGAGCCAGGAGCGAUGGACGGCCGAGUGCAGCUGAUCAAGGCCCUCCUGGCCCUGCCCCUCCGGCCCCAGGCGCGUCGGUGGAGGAACCCCAUUCCCUUCCCCGAGACGUUUGACGGCGACACCGACCGGCUCCCGGAGUUCAUCGUGCAGACGGGCGCCUACAUGUUAGUGGACGAGACCCUGUUCUCCAACGAUGCCCUGAAGGUGACGUUCCUCAUCACCCGCCUCACCGGGCCGGCCCUGCAGUGGGUGAUCCCCUACAUCAGGAAGCAGAGCCCCCUCCUCAACGAUUACCGGGGCUUCCUGGCCGAGAUGAAGCGGGUCUUUGGCUGGGUGGAGGACGAGGACUUCUAGGCCGGGAGCCCCUCGGGCCUGGGGGCGGGUGCUCGGGGGAGGGUCCGCUGCGCCAGUCGCCGCCGCCCAGAUGGCCACGGGCGUCCUCCCGCCGCGCCUCCUCCCUCCCUCACCUUCGAGUCGCCGCGAUCUCCCCCGCGCUCGCGUCCCCUCCCGCGUAGUGCUUGCCUUUGUUCCAGGAAUAGCGCUCCAGGUUCCCGCUGCCGCCGCUGCUGCCGCCGCCGGGCCUGGCUCUGAGGCGGCCGCCGCCCUCUCCGGCCAGCCCGGCCC